GUGCGGAGAGGCGGGGCUUGCGGAGGCCCAGACUGCUCCCGCUGCGGGAGGUGAGGUUGGCUCAGCGCGGAACAGCGCAGCGCCCCUCGCGCCCCGGUCCAGCAGCCCCGGCGCCCUCACCUCGCACCCGCCAUGCCCGAGCAGCUCAGCGUCGCGGAGUUCCUGGCCGUCACCGCGGAGGACCUCAGCUCUCCAGCCGGGGCCACUGCCUUCGCAGCUAAGAUGCCCCGGUGCCGGGGGGCAGCGUUGGCGCGGGAGGAGAGCCUAGAAGCAGACCAAGCCAUCCUGCAGAGGAUAAAGAAGUCUGUGCGGGCGAUUCACAGCUCUGGCCUUGGCCACGUGGAGAAUGAAGAACAGUACCGAGAGGCUGUGGAGUCCUUGGGCAACAGCCACCUGUCCCAAAACAGCCACGAGUUGUCCACAGGCUUCCUGAACUUGGCUGUGUUCACUCGUGAGGUGGCUGCACUUUUCAAGAACCUGGUUCAGAACCUGAACAAUAUUGUCUCCUUCCCACUGGACAGCCUGUUGAAGGGGCAGCUGAGGGAUGGGCGACAGGCCUCUCUUUCCUUGGGAUCUAGGGCCAGGCUGGAGAAGGAGAGGGAUAGGGCCAGGGUGACAGGAGGGAGCCCUGGGGAGCUGGCCCAGGACACACAGAGAGAACGGCGCAUCUUCCAGCUGCACAUGUGUGAGUAUUUGCUCAAAGCUGGAGAAUGCCAAGUGAAGCAAGGACCUGACUUUCUGCAAAGCCUCAUCAAGUUCUUCCAUGCCCAGCACAACUUUUUCCAAGAUGGCUGGAAAGCUGCCCAGAGCCUGUCUCCCUUCAUUGAGAAGCUGGCAACCUCAGUACACACACUGCGCCAAGCCCAGGAGGAGGAACUGCAGAAACUAACUCAGCUCCGGGACUCUCUACGGGGGACACUACAGCUAGAGAGCAGAGAGGAACAGGAGAGUCUGGGCCGGAAGAACUCAGGAGGUGGUUACAGCAUCCACCAGCACCAAGGCAACAAGCAGUUUGGGACAGAGAAGGUGGGCUUUCUGUACAAGAAAAGUGAUGGAAUUCGAAGAGUCUGGCAAAAAAGGAAGUGUGGGGUCAAGUAUGGCUGCCUGACCAUCUCUCACAGCACGAUAAAUCGGCCACCAGUGAAGCUGACCCUGCUGACGUGCCAAGUGAGGCCAAACCCUGAGGAGAAAAAGUGCUUCGACCUGGUGACCCACAACCGGACAUAUCACUUCCAGACGGAGGAUGAACAUGAGUGUGAAGCAUGGGUGUCAGUACUGCAGAACAGCAAGGAUGAAGCCUUGAGCAGUGCCUUCCUUGGGGAGCCCAGCAGUGGCCCAGGGCCCUGCGGGGGCACAGGGCUGGACGGGGAGCCCCGGGACCUCACAAAGCUGCUAAUCGCUGAAGUGAAGAGCAGGCCUGGUAAUGGCCAGUGCUGUGACUGUGGGGCUCCAGACCCCACGUGGCUCAGCACCAACCUGGGUGUGCUCACCUGCAUCCAGUGUUCCGGCGUCCACCGCGAGCUGGGCGUGCGCUUCUCACGCAUGCACUCCCUCACCUUGGACCUGCUGGGCCCCUCUGAGUUGUUGCUGGCCUUGAAUAUCGGCAACACGCGCUUCAAUGAGGUCAUGGAGGCCCAGUUACCCUCACACAGUGGCCCUAAACCUUCAGCUGAGAGUGAAAUGAGCCUCCGCAGGGAUUACAUCGUGGCCAAGUAUGUGGAACACAGGUUUGCUCGCCUGUCUACUUUCGAGCCUCAGAGACUUUGGACAGCCAUUCACAACCGGGACCUCCUGUCAGUACUGGAAGCCUUUGCUAAUGGGCAAGACUUUGGACAGCCACUGCCUGGGCCAGAGGGACAGGCACCUGGAGAGCAUGCCCUGCACUUGGCUGUCAGAGUCGCCGACCAGGCCUCCCUGCCCCUAGUGGAUUUCAUCAUCCAAAAUGGCGGUCAUGUGGAUGCCAAGGCCCCUGAUGGGAACACCGCUCUGCACUAUGCUGCCCUCUACAACCAGCCCGACUGCCUCAAGCUGUUGCUGAAAGGGAGAGCUUCAGUGGGCACAGUGAAUGAGGCAGGAGAGACAGCUCUGGACAUGGCCAGGAAGAAGCAGCACAAGGAUUGUGAGGAGCUGCUGGAGCAGGCCCAGGCUGGGACCCUCACUUUCCCUCUGCCCGUGGACUACUCCUGGGGCAUUUCCAUGGAGCCUGGCUCUGACAGUGAGGAGGACGAGGAGGAAAAGCGCUGUCCUCUGAAGCCCCCAACCCAGGCACGCUGGGGCAGCGGGAGGCUGGACAUCAGCAAUAAGACCUACGAGACCAUUGCCAGCCUGGGAUCAGCCACCCCUCGGAGCCAGAGUGAGGAUUUCCCCCCACCUCUGCCAGUCAAAAACCCUGCUCGGACCAUGGUCCAGGGACGUGUAGGACAUGCCAGUGGAGAUUGUUCUGAAGCCCCCAGCCUGAGCUUGGAGCCCCCUGGGGUCCCAGAGAGUCUGGGCAGCCCAGCCUCCUCUUCUUCCAGCCUCAUAAGCCCUGUGGAACUUGGGAGUCCCAGCCAAGCCCCACUUGGUUCUGAGGAGAGCCUUAGGGAGCCCCCAGGCAUCACUCGACCAAGCCUGCCGUCUGGGACCACUCCUGCAGAGAUAUAUCCCCCUGUCAGGUUCAGCUCUGAGAGCACUCGCUCCUAUCGGCGGGGGGGCCGGAGCCUAGAAGACAGUCCCUCAGCCCGGCAGCCACUGCCCAAAAGGAACGUGCUGGUUGGCUUCACUGAAGGAGAUGGCUCAAGAACUGGGGCUCUCCCAGCAAGUUCUGUGCAACUUUUGCAAGAGUAGCUCCUUACUGUCUCCUGCGUGCCUGAACCACUCCCUUGCUGGAUCCCAACAUUCAGAGCCUGGACUUGAGGCUGCAAGACUGUGGAGCUGGGUCUCAUUCUCUUGGCCCCUCU